GAGUGAAAGCGCGAGCAUCGUUCGCGUGCUCGCCCGGUUGCUGGAAUAACGCCUCGUGUUCCGCAACGAGGCGCCGUUACCGCGUGUGCAACGUGUCGUUAUCGAUCGCUGGGACAAGGAUGCGACCGAUACGCAGUGUCCUCGUGAUUCUGGCCCUCCUGGCUGCGUCCUCGGCCGCAGAUUUCGAGGACCACUUCAAAGAUUGCCAUCCAAACGUGCCAGGCUUCGACGCGUGUAUACGCGAAGCGUUGAACGCGAUCCGGCCGUACUUCAAAACCGGACUUUCCGCGUACAAUGUAGCUCCUUUCGAUCCGUUCUUCGCCAAGGAGGUUUCAGUGAAACGUGGAAUGCAGAAUUUCGGUUUUACUUUGACGCUGAGGAACGUCACCGAGAGCGGAUGGUCUGCCAGCAAAGUAACGAAAUUCGUCAGCGAUCUGCCGCAUUACAAGGUUGUCUAUACUCAGAGCUUCCCGGAAAAAUUUCUCUCGGGUUCCUACGACUUCAAUGCGAACGUAUUCGGGACCUCUGUAACGAACAAGGGAAAAUUCACUUUAACCCUUUAUGACCUUGUUCAGACGACCACCGUCACCAAGAGACCCGGCCAAAAGAUCCAAGUAAACGUGGACGUGCAAACGAUCCGCGACCUGAAGCUCCACAUCACGCACUUGCUCUCCGGCCGACAGAUGCUGGAGAACAUCCUCGACAGAAUAAUAAAUGGCGCCUGGCAGCCGGGAUUCGUGAUGACCAGGGGGCUGAUUAACGAUCUCGUCUCCACCGCCUUCACCGAAAUAUUCGGCACCGCGUUCCGUAAUUUCCCCUUCGAAAGGAUCAUCAAACCAAAACCGGGGGGAAGUUAGAAUUCGAGUUACGGACCAAGGAAUCAUUCGGAUUACAUGCUUUGAGCUACAGGUUAUUCGAAAAUUAUUGUAUUUGUGGGAAACGAGGGAUUCCCGAGGUCAUUUGGAGCAACUUUUUCCUUUGUGGAAA